AUGGCCGGACUACCAAGCACCGGCUUGGCAACCGACGCUGUGGACACUAACUUCAACUUCAGGAAGGCUCUGAAAGACAUUGAUGAUGAUCUUACGUCGGGCGACAUUGCCGCCCUAAAGUUCCUGUGCAGAGACUUAAUUCCAGCCGCUAAGCUGGAAAAUACCAAAGGCUCGCUGGAUGUGUUCAGACAGCUGGAGAACAAGGGGCUGCUGGGUCAGAACAACCUGAUGUUCCUGACGGAGCUGCUGUACAGGAUCCAGAGGGCUGACCUGCUGAGGAAACUAGCCUGGCGCCAGGAACAGGUAUCAGGAGAGAUAGGCCGCGGCAGGGCACUGCUGAAUCCUUUCAGAGUGAUGCUGUUACAAGUGUCUGAAGAGCUGACCAGUCGGGACUUUGACGACAUGAAAUUCAUGGCUGCAGCCUAUAUCUCACGAAACAAGCUGGAAACGGUGGACAAUUUCCUCUCCUUGGCCAUUGCCCUGGAACAGGGGAUGCACCUGACCACUGACAAUGUGCAGGUACUGCAUGAGCUACUGCAGACACAAGAGCGACCUGACCUCAAAAACAUCAUACAGAACUAUGAGGCCAGCAUGUCAUCAGGGAGUUUCAAAGGGAAGGGCUCCCCUGACGACGGUUUUUCUCCAUCACCAAUGAAGGGCGACCCAAAUCCACAACACAGACAACCAGAGCCAUUUCAGCAGCAACGGCAGAAUCCAGCCAACCAGGAAGCUAACCUGGUGGCCAUGACCCAGAAUAUGAUGGGGCCAGCACAACAGGGUUACCAACAGAUGCUGCAGACAGAGCUGAUGCAGCAGGCUGGCAGAGCACCUGACACCCAAGCCAGGCAGACAGCCAGAGUAGCAGAGCAACAACAACAACCGUACGCCCCACAGCAACAACCGCAACUUGGGGAAGUACCUGCAGGCCUGGGCCCCGCGCCGGCUGAUCUCCAGGCUACCAUCCAGCGGGAGCUGGAAGUGUUACUGGCGCAGGAGAGGGCUCGGCAGCGGGAGGACAUGCCCUGCUACAGGAUGGACCGCGAUCCUCGCGGCCUGGCUGUUAUCAUCAACAAUAAACAAUUCUUCCAAGAUCCCAGACGGGCAGACAGUCGACGAGGGCUUGAAAAUCGGGAGGGAACAAAUGUGGACAGAGAUAACUUAAUCUACAUCUUCACCAAGCUUGGGUUCGAGGUCCAAACCUAUGAAAAUCUCACACAUGAUCAGCUCAUCAACAUCUUCACCCAAGUCCGUUAUGCAGACCACCAAAACCACGACUGCUUCGCUGCAUGUAUCCUGUCCCAUGGCAGUCAGGGGCAGGUGUAUGGGGCCGACAGUGUUCCCGUCAGCAUCCGGGACCUGGCAGAAGAGGUUAAGUCUACAAAGUGUCCCUCUCUUGGUGGGAAACCCAAGCUGUUCUUUAUCCAGGCCUGUCAGGGGCGGAGCGAGCAGAGGGGCGUUAGCGACGUCAGUGUCGAUGCUGGCUACGGGUCUGAUGGUCUGGCGGCAUUCCAGGAGACCAUCCCCAACGAGGCUGACUUCCUUCUAAGCUAUUCCACAAUCCCUGGUUAUGUUUCGUAUCGCAGUAAGACGUAUGGCUCUUGGUUUGUCACCAAACUCGUAGAAAUCUUAGACAACAUGGGGGACCGAUAUGACCUUCUGAGCAUUCUCAUCAAGGUCAAUGAAGAGGUGGGCAAGGCCAUUGCAAAGAAGGGGGGAGGGCAGUUUAAACAGAGCCCGGCACCCGUAGCUACUCUGAGGAAGAAGAUCUUCUUCUCUUUCCUCCGUUGAGGCGAGAAAACCGCAGGUCAUUCCUGGUGUCAGAACAGUAAAUACUGCUGUAUGAGUGAAGACUACAGCAUGUUCCCUGUACAGGCUUUUAAUUUGACG